AUGAUAAUUAAAUUUUUAAAUCAAUUUAAAUAUAAUUUUAAGUUAAAAAAAUUUUUUAUGUUAUAUAAAUAUAAUAAAAUUUUAUAUUAUAUUAUUAAUUUAUUAUAUAAAUAUAAUUAUAUAAUAAAAUAUUAUAUAUUUAAAAUUAAUAAUAAAUAUUUUAUAUUUAUAAUAUUAAAUAAAAAUAAAAAUUAUAUUUAUUUAAAAGUAUACAUAAAAUAUAAUCAAUUAUUUUAUAUGAAUUAUAUUAAAUUAUUAAAUUUUAUAAAAUUUAAUAAAUAUUUUAAAGGUUUAUUAAUAUUAUAUUCUAGUAAAUAUAAAUUUAUUACACAUUUAUUAUCUUUAAAAUAUAAAAUAGGGGGUAUUUUAAUUUUUUAUAUUUUUUAA